GGAGAUUAUCCGAUUGGUGAUUUAAACCCCCAGUCGACCUCCUCGACUUGUUUAUUACCAUGUUGUAACCACGAUACUGACUCUUCUUUCGGUCCUUUUCUUUUUUUCCUUUGGUAGUUGGCAUAGCGGUGGAAUCGCCUCUUCCUUUUUUUUUUCUUCUUCUUCUCCCCCGACAAGAUGAGCCACAUCGACGUGAACAAGGCGCCCAGCGCGCACCACGAAGAAAAUAAUGCCUCCAUCAGCAAGAAUCGGCCUGUCAGCAGAGGCGUUGAUACUGCGGCUCAGAUGAUUGGUGAUCGUCAGGUUGUGGUGACGGAUGAAGAUAACAAGCGAAUCCGCAGACUGACCGACAAGAGGAUCCUGACCAUCCUAAUCUGGAUCUAUUUCCUCCAGAUUCUCGACAAGAGCGUGCUCGGCUACGGCGCCAUCUUUGGCAUGCGCGAGGACUGCAACCUCACCGGCGACCAGUACUCGAUGGUGUCGUCCAUCUCGGCCAUCGUCCAGCUCGCGUGGCAACCGUUUUCGUCGUGGCUGAUCGUCAAGGUCCCUCACCGGAUCCUGAUGCCGUCGCUCGUCCUCGGCUGGGGCACGGCCCAGACCUUCAUGGCGCUGUGCCACAACUACUCGGGACUGAUGGUCACGCGCGCCCUCCUGGGCCUGUUCGAGGCCGGCUGCCUCCCGCUCUUCUCCAUCAUCACGAGCCAGUGGUACCGCCGCGCCGAGCAGCCCAUGCGCGUCGCCUGCUGGUACGGAACCAACGGCCUCUCCACCAUGUUCGCCGCCGCCGUCUCGUACGGCCUGGGCCAGAUCGACGGCAGCAUCCACAGCUGGCAGAUCCUGUACAUCUUCGUCGGCCUGAUGACCGUCAUCUCCGCCCCGGUCUGCUACUACCUCCUCGACAACGACAUCCCCUCGGCCCGCUUCCUCGACGAGGACGACAAGCUCAAGGCCAUCGAGCGCCUGCGCGCCAACCAGACCGGCACCGGAAGCCGCGAGUUCAAACUCCCCCACGUCUGGGAGGCGCUGCUGGAGCCAAAGACGUGGCUCUUCUUCGGCCUGGCCAUGUGCGUCAACACGACGGCGGCCGUGACCAACACGUUCGGCCCCAUAGUGGUGGCCGGCUUCGGCUUUGACAAGUACAGGGCGUCGCUGCUCAACAUACCCUUUGGGCUCGUGCAGCUCAUCGUCAUCCUUCCUUCCUCGUGGGCCGCGCACCGGUACCGCAUAAAGUCGGCCUUCCUGGCCAUAAUCAUGCUUCCCGUGCUGGCCGGGUCCAUCAUGCUGUACGUGCUGGACCGCAAAACGGUCGCGCCGCUGCUGACGGCCUACUACUUCCUCGCCUUCGUGUACGGCGGCAACCCGCUGAUCGUGUCGUGGAUGAUAUCCAACACGGGCGGCACCACCAAGAAGUCGGUCAUCAUGUCGCUGUACAACGCCGGCAGCUCCGCCGGCAACAUCAUCGGCCCCUUGCUGUUCAACUCGGCCGACGCCCCCUACUACCACUCCGGCCUGACAAAGGUCAUGGGCAUCACUUGCGCCCUCGUCGCCGUCAUCGGUCUCCAGGCUGCCAACCUCGUUUUCCUCAACAAGCUGCAGGAGAAGAAGAGGGUCACCAACGGCAAGCCGAGAAAGAUCAAGGAUCUGUCCAUGGAGCACAGCUACUCGCACGCCGCCGAGACCGAACAAGAGGAGGUGGGCGAGGGCGGCGUCAGGCUCGGUGAGAAUGCCUUUAUGGACCUUACCGACAGGCAGAACGAUGAAUUUGUAUAUGUGUACUAGAAGUGCUUUUUACUUUGAGAAGGGGUAGGUUCAAAACUUGUGAAGACAAUUGUCAUCAGCAUUGCUCAUUGAUUGGAGGGGCUGGUGUUUUUGUGGGAGCACGUUUUUAGACAUUCGUCACAGCCAAUGUUCAUGAAAAUACCUACGUAUUACUUAAUUUAGAUAAAAUGGACUAUGGAAGCUAAAAGACAUGAUUCGUGACUAAAGAUAGUAUCAAAGAAAUGGUAUUUAAAUGUCUCGGUACAAAUAAUGCAAAGAGGUCAUGACAAAGGAAAUGUGAGCUGUAUCAGCAGGUAUAUGCAAAACAACAAACAGACAAAAAAAGAAAAAAGACAAGAGUUAUACACAAAAGAAAACCCCCUCCCCUCACAGCUUCAAAACCUCACCAGGUCGCCCAACCAACUCCUCCACGCAAGCCGCAACCUCAGCCAACACCUCUACGGCCUGCUCCUUCCACGCCUCAAAAGUCACAAUCUCCAUGGUCAGCUUCCUGCCACCGUCGGCCACAAACGCCUGGCACUUCCACUCCCUGAGCGGCUCCUGGUGGGGGUAUAUGGUCUCCAUGGUCGCGCCGAGGCCGCUGAACCCCAGGUCCUCGACGUGCUCGACGUCCUGGUGCACCACCGUGUCGAACCAGUCGACCUUUUCCCCGGUUUGCUCCCAGGCCGGGCAGCAGAGCUUGGCGAUCUCGGACAGCGCCAUGCCCUCGUGCGCCGACGACGCGGCGUGCUGCUCCUGCACCGCCUCGAGCAGGUCCGUGCCGGUCGUGACGCCGGGCGCAAGCUCGGCCCGGAACGGAAUGUACUGCCAGCAGGGGCCGACGACCUUCUCGGCGGACGGGAAGCCCGUGCCGCGGCCCGAGACGACCUCGCCAAACAGUACGUCCGUCAGACCGCGGCGGCGGGCCAGGCAGAGCGCCCAGGCGGCCGUCGGGAUCGUGGCGACGGUGAUGCCGGGAGUAUUGGUGGCCGCCGCCGAGAUGUCGAUGGUGCGGUCGACGGCAAAGUGCAUGCGGCCUGAUGCGGGGACCUGGGUCAUGGGGCCGAGAUCCGGGCGCAGAACCGUCGGUGGUGCCGAGCCGGCGAGCAGGUCCUUCCAGUACUUGACGCUGGUCGGGUUCGCCGUGCGGAGGGUGUGGUGCACGAAGCUCGAGAAGGGGAUCGUCUUGGUGAUGGGGGUCUUGCCGGUGUACAGGGCUUCCAGCUGGCGGAGGAUGAGCGGGAGGCAGAUCUCAUCGUACUGCGCGUGCGAGAUGCGCAGCACCAGGGCACCGGGUGCAUUGGCGCCGGUCGAUUGCGACCUGAUGAGAUACCACUUGACAAAUGCGGCACCCUCUGGGAUGUUGCCUUCUAUGUCCUGAUUGCACAGUUCAUGGGUGAACUUUUGGAUGUCGGUGCCUUCUGCCACAUCGUGGUGGUCAAACUCGGCAACCAUGUCAUCGAGGACGACGCCAUAACAAACGUUGUUUUGCGCGGUUGCGAACACAGUACGGAGGAUCUCGUUCUGUUCCACCAACUCUUGACAGACCUGCUGCAAGCGUGCUAAGUCGAGACCACGGUGAUCGUCAAAGUACAUGGCUUCAUACCGCAUCGAGAAGCGGGGAACCUGCGUGCUGCCAGUGACAGCAACAGUCUGCAGUGGUCUGGUCGGGUAGGCGUCGGAAACCUUCCAGGGCUUGGCAAGCUUGGGCUUGAUCUGCUGGUCAACGAAUGCGUCGACGUCACCAAUUUCCUCGAGAAGGGAAAAGGGGCUAGUGACACGUCCAGGUGUGCUAGAUGCUUCUCCCUGCGCCUCGGUCGUGGCGAUGCUAAUAUCCUCGGCAAUCUUGGCCAUGGCAGCAAGCGUCUUGGUCUUGAAGAUUUGCGCAACUGAAAUCUUGAAGCCGGCAGGCCGCGCUUCCGAGACAAGCUUCAUGGCACCGAUGGAAUCGCCACCCAGCUUGAAGAAGCUGUCAUCGGCACCGAUUCCUGCAGCAUCAAGAUACAAGAUCUGAGCCCAGAGAUCGCGCAGACGAAUCUCUUUGGCCGAAAGCAGCUCAGAUCCGUUCUGAACCCUGCUCAAUCUCUUCUCUUUAGUUGGCUGAGGUAGGAGUACCCUCUCGCCCUUGCGGCCCAUAUGAACCAGUUUGCCCUCAUGAUUAAACUUGGCAAGUUGACCAGUAGCGUGUAAAUGGACCACUCCUUCCCCGUCGACUGGCGGUACUUGGCUAAGCCAAGUUGGGACGUCGAUAGCAGGGAGGCUCAGUGCAUCGGGGCUGUCGACGACAAUUUCACCCACAGCGCCGCGCGGGACAAGAAUCUGGUUUGUAUCAGGGUCAACCAACCAGAUCCUGUCCACCUUGGCACCGACAUCAACGGACCCAACAGCAUCCCGACCGAGCUGAUCCAACUCAGCAAGCGUCUCUGCGGUGGGCUUGACCGCUACAACGGACUGCACAACAUCCCCCACCUUGACGCUCUCGUCGACCAAGCCCUCGCAAAGCAGGGCCGUGACGUCCUUGAGCGUCUGCAAAACCCGCUCCAUUGUCGACAUGUCGACCGUGUGGGAGUCAAAACUGGCCAUGACGUGGUAACCAUCAGCAGCCAACGCGCACACCAGCAUGAGCGCAUACGUAUUGAACUUGAGCGCCUCCUUGGCCGCCUCGGCGUCGUUUGCCGGCACGAGCCUGCUGGCCGGGUACUUGGGAUCAAAGGCAUCCUCGGCGCCUGCGGGGUGCAGGACCAAGCCGGUGCGCAACUCGCACGCCUCCAUGGCGUCGGGGCUGACGCGGCGGAUAUGCUGGAGGCCGGUGUGUUCAAAAGGGAUUUGACUGACGGUUUGAUCUUGAAUGAGUGCGAGGAAGUCGGCGACGCGGGUUUGCUUGUCGACGGCAACGCGGAUCGGAACGGUUGUUAUCAUGGGACCCUCGAUAAGAUCGGCACCGGCGACAGGGGCGUUGCGGCCAGUCAGCGUCUCGCCAAAGACGAUGUCGUUGUGGCCAGCGUACAUUGAUGCGACGAGAGCCCAAGCACCGCGGACAAUUGUUGCUGUUGUGGUCGCCGAGGCGCUGCUUCUUGGUGGCGCAGGGAUAGAUAUCUCCAAUAGAGAGUCGGCUUGGGUGAUGUAACCCUCAUGCGGCAGGGCUGGGAACUGAACCGCUGUGGCUCCCUCCAACUGCUGGCGCCAAUAAGCCUCACAUGCACUCUGAUCGACCUCGGUGAGGAAUCGGAUGAAAUGCUUAAACUCGGCAGGCCUCUCGGUCGACAGCCCGUCAUAAGCUCUGUUGACCCGGUCAAUGACAAGAGGCAUUGCCCAGCCAUCAUACAGCGCGUGGUGCAUGGUUAAUACAAAGUCGACCUUGUCCGCGCUUUGAACCAGACCGUAGCGCACAAGAGGCUUGCCCAGGUCCAUGGAAUCUUCCCUGUCUGCCUCUAAAUAUGCCUCGACUGUCACGCCCGACCGCCACUCGAUCGGCUUCUGAACAACAACCUGCUGGAGGCCGUGACCAGGAACCUGGAUGAUUCGUGUUCUGAGGAUGGCAGAAUCCCUAGCAGCCGUCUCAAACGCAUCUUGAAGUCUUUGUGCUUCUAUCAUAUCUGCUAGUUGCAGAACACGCUGAGCAACGUAUGAGUCUGGGAACUUGGCCGAGAGAGCCAUGAGACCUUCCUGUAAAGGAGUGCAGGGGUAAACAUCCUCGACCUCUGACUCUUUAAUGUCGCAAUAUUUACUCGCGGCUUGUCUUGCCUCUUCAGUAGUCCACGUCUUUUCGAUCAAAGAGAACGGGGCAAUAUCUUGAGGCUUGGAGCUCUCCAGGUUACUGUCGACAACAGCAACGGCAGCCAUAUCCAUAAGCGUGUGGUUGUUGAAGACUUGAGCCACAGUGAGAGCGAUGCCAUCGACUCUUGCAGCAGAGACGAGCUUCAUUGCUCUCAAAGAAUCUCCACCAAUCCCAAAGAAGCUGUCUUGCAGACCAAUCUCGACAUCUGUGUUGAGUAUCCUCGCCCAAAGCGACCGAAGAGUCCGCUCCAGAUCAUUCAACGGCCUCGAGGGCUUGGGCGACAGCAGUCUCAACUUUGCAAUCUGCUCACGCGUCAUCGAGUUGCCCAGCGCCUUGAGCUUUUUCCUGUCAAUCUUUGCCGAAGCCAGCACCGGCAUUUGCUGGAGCGGAAUGUACGCAGCGGGGACCAUGUAGCGCGGGAGCUCCUCGCCGAGCAGGUUGUCCAUGUUGGCCAUGAUGACGGCAAGCUCGGGGCUGAGCUUGACGAUCUCUCCCAUGCCGACCUUGUCGUUCUUGAUCUUCUUGGUCUUGAUUCCGUUAACAAUCGGCUGCUCGUCCACGAAAACGACCAGCGUCGGCUCCGCGCCGUUCGGACGGACAACUUCGGCGGCGAUCUUGACGCAAGGUGGGAGGUUCUUGCGGAGGUGGUAUUCAAUCUCGGACAGCUCGAUUCGCUGCCCGCGCAGCUUGACCUGCUGGUCCUUCCUCCCGACGAACACAAUGUAGCCGUUGGCGUCAUACUUUACGAGGUCGCCGGUUUUGUAGAGCACACCAGUGCGACCUUUGGACCCGAAGUGGCCUUUGGGCAGCCAGAUGGGAUCCUUGAUAAAGACCUCGGCAGUCUUCUCCGGCUGGCCAAGAUAGCCGAGGCCGACAACUGGGCCCUCGAUCAGCAGCUCGCCGACGGACCCUACCGGCAUGAGCCUGUUGUGAUCAUCAGGAUGGACAAUCCAGGUGACGCCACCCUUGCCCUUGCCGAUGGUGGUGUUCUCGGCAGACACCUCGUGGUUGAUGGUGCAGCCAACUGUGCACUCAGACGGCCCGUAUGCGAUGACGACCUUGGUCAACCGACUCCAGGCCGCCGCGUCGCCAGCACUGACCGCCUCGCCUCCCAGGCCAAGUACGUCGAGCGAGCGCAUGACCUUUUCCGGAUCUUCUAGAACACGGGCGACACUGGGCGUCAUGUGGGCCAUGUUGGCACCGCUCGCCAUGAUGGCCGCGCCGAGGUUGUCGACUCGACCGGCCUCGCUCGGGACGCAGACGGUGCCUCCCUGCAUCAACGUGCACAGCAUGCAGUCGAUGCUGACGUCAAAUGCAUAGCUGGCAAACUCGAAGACGCGACUGGUCUCGCAGUAGCCAACCGCCUCUGCUCUUGGGAUGGCACCAGACACAAAGUUGGCGUGGCUGCAAAUGACUCCCUUGGGAACACCUGUGCUGCCCGAGGUAAAGAUGACGUACAUUGGGCUGUUGGGUGGUACUACCGGGAGGAAGCCCAUCGAGGCACCAACCCCCCAGCCGGCAUGCUCUAGCGUUGUGUCGUCGGACGUGACGAGAACGACGGCCGGCUUUUGUUGGCCAGACUUGUCCUCGGCGUUGGCGUCUUGAGCAAUGCGGGAGGCCAAGUCGGCCUGAAGCUUGGAGCAGACAACUGCCUUGGCACGCGUCUGGGAUGCAAUGGUCUUGAGUCUUGCCUCUGGCUGCGCGGGGUCCGUCAAGACGAACGCGGCUCCGGACUUGAGUACUCCAAGCAGUGCCGGGGUUGUCCAGCGGGACUUUUCGAAGACGAGCAUGACAAUAUCCCCGACGCGCACACCGGCCUGCGUGCGAAGCUGGCGGGCUAUCGUGUUGCUUAGGGACUCGAUCUCAUGAUAUGUAAAGUCGCCAUCCCAGGCUUGUACUGCAACUUUAUCUGGGGUGAUGAUGCUUCGUUCUGAGAUGAGGUCGUGUAUGCAUCGAUCAACAGUCGGUGGCAUGGAGGCAUUCCAGAACCAUAUCUGAUUGAGAUCUUCAUUGGAAGGACCAAUGAGGUCCCAGACUAGACGAGCCGAAUCAGAUUGUCCAUCAAUACGCGUCCCUGGUUUGGACAUGAUGACUUGUGAGAGUAUGGCUGUCAGGUAUCUUGUAAAGGUCUGCAGUGCCCUUCCGGCCCACAAGCGUGUGAUUUCCGAGUUUGUCCAUUCGAAUGAAAUGACGAGUUGUCCAGGAGACGAUUUGAGUUUGAUACAAACAUUAUACUGCAGUUGCAAAAACUACACCGUUUUUAAUAUCCGACUGCGCCGCAUCGGUAAAGUAUACCGUACUGUUGGCUCCGACUCUUUCAUCUGAUCUGUGAAUUGUGUCUGCAAUGAGACGUUCUGCUUCCCUGUGGGCCUCCUCAAUGGUUGCACUGGGUGUAACCAUAAAUUUGGCAACUUGAGCCGUGAACGUCUGGACUUGGUCCCCGUCGGGCUGCGUCGUCUGAGAGUAUCGAUGGUACGUCCAAUCAUCGACGUAGCGACCAAAUCUCAGGGCCUCUAUGCCGUCUUCCUCACCAGAGCGGGCCACGAGGAGCCGCCAUGCCAGCAACGCGGCACUGAGGGGUAUGUCUGCCGGGUUACAAUAAGUGAGGAACCCAUCGCGCGUCCUUGUGUACAGAGUUGUUGAUGUCACUGAUGGGCUGGUGGGACCGUUGCUGCUUGAUCCGUGUGUCUGGAAUCCGCGAGAUGCAGAGUCUAAACGUCCAUUCCGGAGCGUUUCCGGGUCCUGGGGUGUGAGUUGCAGCAUUUAGGUAUAAUAUGUAUGCAGAAAACCGGGUCAAUAUUCCUUAGAUGUAUAGUGUUAGGAAAGCUUUCGUGGGGGAGCCCUUAUAGAUUAUGAUGGUGAUGCAGCAAUGAUGCAGUUGUACAUGGAAUGGCAAAAUUGGUUGGAGGGUGAAAGAGAGAAAGACCAAGACAAGGACGGCGGGGAGAAUGAACACUUCAGAGCAGAUCAGAUAAGAUUAUCAAAAUUUGCCGGGGAACGGCACAUAUA